GAGGGGGUGUGAGUGGUUGGUCGUAGCAAGCAAUGGCGGCUUUGUAGAUUGCAAAGGCCUAAACGCUCGAAAAAAAAAUGUGCUUUUUGUCUUUUUGGUGAAAGAGUCUGUCUCGGAAAUGCGUGCAGGCCUCUAGUUUUUAUCAGCUGGGUUGAGGGGUUAGAGUCCAGAUGGUGUGUGCCGCCUCCUCUUUGACAGAACGUGCAUCUACGACGUGUUUGGCAAACCCGUCUGCUGUCAUUUGACAUGACACUAGAAGACCCUUUCUUCGUAGUUAAAGAUGAAGUGUCCAAAGCUCUAAACAAAACCAAGGGCUUGUACCAGCGUUGGCUUGAGCUGCAGAAAGACACAGGACUUAAUGUCACAAAAGAUGACUUGGAGUGGACCACCACUGAGUUACGAAAUUCCCUGAGAAGUAUAGAGUGGGAUAUUGAUGAUCUCGAAGACACCAAAAAUAUUGUUGAGAAGAAUCCUUCAAAGUUUAAGAUAGACAACAAAGAGCUCACCAAUAGGAAAUUAUUUAUUGAACAAGCAAGAGAGGAAGUCAAGGUGAUGAGAGACAAGAUGAAUCUGAACAAAAACAGAGACCGAGACCGGACUGCUCGUCAACCUCUUCUUGAUACUCGAGACAGUAGUCCUGUUCGAGUUCCAUCUAGUCAUGGUUCUACCAAGUAUUCCAAAUUGGAAAAUGAUUUGGACAGUCCCAGUCGACAGUUUUUAGAUGAUACUCUUGCUCAGCAACGAAGUCUCAUUCUUGGGCAAGAUGACACACUUGAUGCUAUCAGCGACAGUGUUGGCACCCUUAAAACUGUGUCUCGGCAAAUUGGAUCUGAACUUGAUGAGCAUGCUGUAAUGCUGGAGGACUUUGGUAAUGAAAUGGAGGGUACAGAUGCAAAAAUGGAUGCGACCAUGAAGAAGGUUGCAAAGAUAAUGCAUAUGACCAAUGAUAGGAGACAAUGGAUGGCUAUUGGUGUACUGUCAUGCAUCCUAAUUAUUAUCAUCAUUUUAUUUAAGUUCUUAUAAGGAACAUUGAAUAGGCAGCUGCUUUCUUUUGUACAAUUAAGUUUGAUUUUACACAAAAAUUCAUUGUGACUGUCCAAAGAAAAGACUAUAUCUCACAGUUCUUAUAUUUUGGGACAGGAACUGUAAUUUCAUGAAUUAUCCCAGAGUCUUCUGAAAAAAUAUGUCUAAUCAGAAUCAGGGUGAGUUUAUCUCCUACAGAUACUGAAUGAAAAGUUGCCAACAGUUAUAAUUGAGUUACUGAAAAAUUCUAAGACCUGUUGGAGUUAAUUUUAAUGUCUUCUGGAGAGUGAUGAAUUUUUGCAUUCUUGUGUAUCUAUGUCAUUUCUGUAUUUACUGACAAAGAUUAAAGUCGAAACCUAUGUCUUUGCUGUUUCAAUGGUUCCGAGUUUUCUCUGUCGCUUAAAGCAAACUUCUUAUUUUUAUAGACUGAUUCAUUUUAACAGUGAUAAUGUGCUGUUCUACUUACUCACAACUAUGGCAAUGAGUUCUGUAGAAUAGCACUGAGGUGAUAUUUUUCUCCUAUUUUAUGUGAAUUUUUAAUUACAUUUUUUAAGUGAUGAUGGAACAGUGUAUAGCAAGCAAUGAAUCAGUUAAAAUUACCAAAGUAAGAUGGUUCUCUUUUUAACUGUAUGAUUCUUAUUCUAGGCCAAUUAAGUUACAUUUUUUUCUAUAUAUUGUUCCAUCUCCACUAGAAUUUAACUUAAAUAUGUUGUGUUAUUAUCCUCUAGGGGCUAUGAACUUAUAUUUUGAACUUUAUUUUGUCAUAGAAACCCCUCUCUUUUUUAGAAGCUGGCUAGUAGAUUACCUUUUUAAUGCAAACCCUUGACAGAAUAUGCCUGGUUAUUUUGUACUGUUGGCUGAAUGAGUGGCAACUAAAUGUUAUCAUAAUAUUCUUGUCGAAGUGGAUGUACAAUUGUUUUGUGUGAUAAAAGAACCUAAAAAGUUGUGUUACUUACAAUUGAGAUUUGAAGGGUGGCUUUUAUAGUUAUAUGUUAUGAAUUUAGUAACAUUCUAUAAUUCUUUUUAUUCCAUCACAGAUUGUGUCUCAUUCUAUUUAUUUUCCACUCAAAGUUUGGAUGUGUUUGUUAAUUUUUUCAAGUCAUCGAUGUCAUCCUGCUUUUUCAGUUGAGGCUAAAAUGGAUGAGCAUUUUUUGUCUAUUGUCACUUUUUAAGAGUUGUCUGUCAUAUUCCAUUGGGCCUUGGUGCAGAGUUAGUGAGAUACAAGUGUGUGGUUGUUUUUCAGAAUAAACUAUAUUGACAACACACUG